UCCAUUUGUUUACUGAAAAUCUUUCAUACGAUUGUUAUUCUGUCAUCUCUUGUGAUAUCUUCUAAUUGUUGUUUGUGUCUAAUAAUCAAUAUAAUCAAUCUUUUGACAAGGUUAUUUGAUUAUCUUGUAAAUAUGUUUUGAUCAAGUGAAAGUGAUUCUCAUCAAGUGAACAUAAUUGUUGAAUAAUAACAAUAUUUUUAUCUUUUUUUUGUUGGUUCUCGUUUGUUUUGUUGUUGUUACUUAAUUUUUCUGUGUGAAUAUGAGUUGGCUUAAUAGAGGAAUACUUUCUAUUCGUGUUUAUAAUUCUUGGUCUAGAUUGGUGACUUUUAAUUCUCAAGUUAGAUUUUUGUCUGGUUUUGUUAAUCAUACCGAACAAGAUGUCGAUUAUUUCAAGAAGAUAUUGGGAACAAGUGGAGUUAAACAAGAGGAAUUAGAUGGUUAUAAUACUGAUUGGCUUCGUUCAGUUACAGGAAAAAGCAAAUUGGCUUUAUUUCCGAAGACGAGCUCUGAACUGUCAUCCAUCUUGGCCUAUUGUAAUGAUCGAUUGAUUCCAAUCGUAGUUCAAGGAGGAAAUACUAGUCUAGUUUCUGGGUCUGUUCCUGAUAAUGAUGAGAUCAUUUUAUCGUUAACAAAGAUGAAUUCAAUUGAUAAAUUCAACGAAUCAACUGGAGUACUUCAAUGUCAAAGUGGUUGUAUUUUGGAAACGCUUGAAUCUUAUGUAAACGAGAGAGGUUACAUGAUGCCGUAUGAUCUUGGAGCGAAAGGAUCUUGUCAGAUCGGGGGAAAUGUCGCUUCAAACGCAGGUGGAAUCAGAUACAUAAAAUAUGGUUCUCUUCAUGGGUCAAUCCUUGGACUAGAAGCUGUUCUGCCUAAUGGACAAAUCCUCGAUAUGAUGAGCACUUUGAGAAAAGAUAACACUGGUUACGAUUUGAAACAAUUGUUCAUCGGUUCCGAGGGGACUCUUGGUGUCAUUUCUCGUGUCUCAAUCUUAUGUCCAAUUAAACCAUCAACCAGAAUGGUAACUUUACUUGGUGUUCCUCGAUUCAACGAUAUAAUUCAAAUUAUGAGCACAGUUCGUAAAACAUUAUCUCCAUAUCUUAGUGCCUUCGAAAUGAUGGACGCUCUAACUGUGGAUGCCGUUUCAACGAACUUGGGUCUUUCAAUUCCAUUCACUUCUCCAUUCUAUGUACUUUUUGAGCUUUCAUUGAGCGACGAUUGUGAUCAAGAUCAUAUUACAUCUCAAUUACAUUCGUUGUUGGAAAAUCUCAUGGAACAGACAAUAGUCUCUGAUGGCACCAUUUCCACCGAUUUAUCUUCUGUAAACAAAUUGUGGUCUAUUCGUGAACGAAUCGCUGAGGCUUUACUAGCCGAUGGAUUUUGCUACAAAUACGACGUUUCAUUGGAGCACGAACAUUAUUAUGACUUAGUCGAAGUGAUGAGAGAGAGACUUCGGUCAACUUCAGCUCAUCGAAUCUGUGGAUACGGACACAUUGGUGACAAUAAUCUCCAUUUAACGGUAACGACACUCAAGCGCGAUGAUGACGCUGAGCUGAAAUCUCUAAUUGAACCUUUUGUCUUUGAAUACAUUCGAGACCAUAAGGGAAGCAUAAGCGCUGAACACGGACUUGGAAUGAAGAAACGUAACCACAUCUACUAUUCAAAAAGUCCUCAGGUUGUUAAUCUAAUGAAACAAAUCAAGAGUAUGUUUGAUCCAAAAGGAAUACUCAACCCGAAGAAAAUGCUACCAGACAAUUAAUAGAAAAAAAAAUCAUCUCAAGUAUCAUCAUUCAAUCAACUAUUCUGUUCAUUUUUGAAAAUCUAAUUGUGCAAUAACUUGUUUAGAACUUGAAAAGUCUUCGCUUGUUCAAGAUUAUUUGUUGUUCAUUGUUAAUUGUUUAUUUUUGGUAAUUUGUUAAUUGUUUUAAUUGUUUUUAACUGGAAAUUUCUUGUCCCAUUAUAUUUGCGUUCAACAUAUCGAUCAACACAUUGAUCAAAUAAAUUAGCGAAUUUGUUUGUUUAAAAUACUAAAAAACAGACCUGUUGUUUUAAAUAGUGACAACAUGAAUUAGAUAUGAAACUAAAUUUUGAUUUCUCAGCUUUUUAAUACCUCUUCAAGUCUUGAUUCAGAUAAAUUUACUUGACUAUUAAUUCAACUGCACAUUGAUUAGAUAUCCACAAUAAUCUACACUUGGCAUGAAUCGCAUGGAUAAGGACUAGAGACCAUGACUACCUGCAAGAACUAAACAACAAAAGCGAAGUGAUUUCCUCGAACCAAUCACUGACAGGUAAAAGGCUGAUGGAGAAACUGCUAAUUGAUUUUCUAAAAGUUCGAAUUGUGAGAAUAAAAAAGAAAAAAAUUGAAUAAUUGUGCUGGAUAAAAGGUGAGCUCCAGACGUGAGAGUCAGAAGAAGUUAAUAGAAUAAAGUUCAAAUUAAUUUAUGAUUUUA